CCCCCCCUCCUACCCGGUUAUCAUCCUUCGGUAAUGCACACUGAUCCUCAGUUCACUACGGUGUACAUUUCGGGGAGCACAUUGCCAUGGAUAAAAAUCACAAACAAGACGAGCAGAGCGACUUGUUCGCCGGCUUCAGGGCGGCGUAUAAAUCGUUUGCCACAGAUGCCAUUCACGUCGGCCAGGAGCCGGAGCAAUGGAAAUCGAUGGCUGUAGUGCCGCCUAUUUCCCUAUCUACCACGUUCAAGCAGUUCGGACCAGGAAACCACGCCGGGUUUGAAUACAGCCGGAGUGGAAACCCUACAAGAAACUGUCUUGAGAAGGCUGUGGCUGCUUUGGAUGGAGGAAAGUAUUGCAUUGCUGUAGCCUCGGGCCUGGCGGCCACAGUGACCAUUACUCACUUACUUAAGGCCGGUGAUGGAAUCAUCUGCAUGGACGACGUGUACGGAGGCACAAACCGCUACUUCCAAAGAAUUGCUGCUGAACUUGGUCUGAAGGUGUCUUUUGCUGACUGUACAAAACCAGAACAGUUGGAGGCUGCUCUGAAGGCCAACACUAAACUUGUGUGGAUUGAGACACCCUCCAACCCCACAAUGAAAGUUGCUGACAUCAAGGCCUGUUCUGAUGUGGCCCAUAAAUACAACAAAGACAUAGUGGUGGUUGUCGACAAUACCUUUAUGUCUGCCUUCUUUCAGCGUCCCUUGGCUUUGGGAGCUGAUAUCUGCAUGUAUUCAGCUACCAAAUACAUGAAUGGUCACAGUGAUGUGGUAAUGGGUCUGGCCUCAAUGAACCGGGAUGAUCUGUAUGAGCGACUGAAGUUUCUGCAAAAUGCACUGGGCAGUGUACCAUCACCCUUCGACUGCUUCCUGUGUAACCGAGGACUGAAGACACUACACCUGCGAAUGGAGCGGCACUACAGCAAUGCCAUGGCUGCCGCCAAGUUUCUGGAGGCGGAUCCCAGGGUGGAGCAGGUCCUCUUUCCAGGGCUGCCCUCUCACCCCCAGCACGAAGUGGUGAAGAGACAAUGCACUGGAUGUUCGGGGAUGAUUACCUUCUACAUUAAGGGAAACCUGGAGCAUGCCAGCACCUUCCUCAGCAACCUCAAAUUGUUUGCCAUAGCUGAGAGCCUUGGUGGUUAUGAGAGUUUAGCAGAACAUCCGGCGAUUAUGACCCAUGCAUCAGUGCCAGAAAACGAGAGGAGAGUCCUGGGGAUCAGUGACACACUCAUCCGACUCUCCGUGGGUCUGGAGGAUGAGGCUGACAUCAUCAAAGACUUGGAGCAAGCUCUUGCUGCUGCUCAUCCAAAAAAGAAGUGAAAUGUCUUCAGGCCAUCUUUGAGGCUGAGGUUGAAAUCAAUCAAAGUUGAGGUGAAGACUGGAGGUACCUGAAGUCUAAAAUCCUCACAGAUCAACACUUGGUGCCUCCGUUCAGCGCACAAGCAGCAGAGAUACAACUAUCAGGGAACAACUUCUUUAAAAAAUACAAAUUGUGCCAUCUGUGAAUACUUAUCAAAAUUUUUACACAAUCUUUUUAAUGCCUAUUUUACUCAAAGAUCAGUUAAGUAAUCUUUAUCUUAUGCUGGGUUUUGCUUUGUUUUAUGUUUAUGUUUUGUUGGGAAGGCUUUAAUGGGCUGUAGUCCUAUUCAUUCAAGGCUGAUACAGUCUGUUUCUGCAGGAAAACCAAACAUUUUCUGUCUUGCUAUAAACCUACUUCAGGCUGCAUCCUAGUUUUGAUGCACAGAACAGUCUCCAAAGGUAACUGUCCAAGGACAACUGCAGAUGUAAUCUGUAAUAAUUAUUUCCUAAUUCUAGUUGUCAUAGUUUCCUCUAUAAAAGAAGUAGGCACGUAUUAAGGAUGUCUGAGACUAAUCAGGAUAUUUGGCAAUAAAUAAGGGAAUGAUUUGUAAGCACAUGCCUUUAUUUAGAGCAGAAUUUCUCAGCAUUGAUGAGGUUUCAGGUUUUUAUACAACUGAAGGCUAUUAGGAGUAUUUCUCAGACUAAAGUUUGAUGACAAAUAUUCCCCUAGGUCAGAACGUGCAUGUUUUGUAUCUCUGCAGAGAAAAAUGUUUCACUCAGGCACUUCCACCUGCUGCUCUCCCAUGCUUCAUUUGUGACAGACCAUUCAUCAUCAUUUAUGUAACUGACAAAUCCAUUAAAAUCAGUUUGCAGAAUAA